AUGGGAGUCAUAAGAAAGAAGACCGUCACACGGGGUGGCGAGGGCGGUGUCAAAUAUCAUUGCGACAUCUGUUCUGUAGACAUCACGUCAACAUCUAGCUCGAACCAUAAGCCCGAAUCACAUCCAUACCGAGUCAUCGAACAAAACUCGUUCCCCAUCUUCGACCGCGACUGGGGUGCCGAUGAAGAACUAUUACUGCUUGAGGGCGCGGAGAUAUACGGCCUGGGAUCAUGGGCCGACAUCGCCGACCACAUUGGCGGCUUCCGCCACAAGGAUGAAGUGCGGGACCACUAUCUCAAAGUCUACGUCGACUCGCCACGAUUCCCGCUGCCGAAACGAUGUAGUCCUAACGACAUGGACCUUGCGAACGAGAUCUCUAGGGAAGAUUUCCAGGCCAAGAAAAAGCGUAGGAUAGAGGAGCGGAAAGAAGCCGCUAAGAACGCACCCACAUUACAGCCCAAGACGAAGCCGACUGCCUCGGUACCGUCCUGCCACGAAAUCCAGGGCUACAUGCCUGGGCGCUUGGAGUUCGAGACCGAAUACGCCAACGAGGCCGAAGAAGCAGUGCAGCUCAUGCAGUUCGACCCAGGUGACGGCCUGAAUCCCCGGACGGGCGAGCUGGAGCCGGAAAUGGAGCUGAAGCUGACGGUCAUGGACAUUUACAACUGCCGUUUGACACAGCGUGUGGACAGGAAAAAGGUCGUCUUCGAACACAACCUGUUGGAGUACCGUGAAAAUACAAAGGUGGAAAAGAAGAGGAGCAAGGAAGAGAGGGACCUCCUUAACAAGGCGAAGCCUUUUGCCCGGAUGAUGAACCACGACGACUUUGAGAGUCUAUGCCAGGGCCUGAUCGAUGAGCUCAACCUGCGGCAGGCUAUCCAGCAGCUUCAGGAAUGGCGCAGUGUGCGCAUAGGCGAUCUGCGCAGUGGCGAGAAAUACGAAACGGAAAAGGCGCAACGAGCGCAAAAAGCGAUACCCAUGGGAUCUAUGGAUAGGGACCGAUUGGCUUCGGCGCAGCGGUCUAAGGCAGCCGCUGUGCCGGAUCCCCCGAGCGGCGCCGCCUUGCUUGUCGCACCUGAGCUACCUAUUCGUUCGGCGCCUGCUCCUGACGGCACCAACGGCACCAUUCCGCCAAAGGAAGCCAACGGAGACAGCAACCCCCAGGCCAACGGUGCUCUCAACGGGGCCUCUACUAAUGGCACGGUCGUCGUUGCCAACGGCGCGGCUCCCUCUGGCCCUAUUACACGGCAGAAGUACAUGGCCGCGGCCCUGCCUGGUGUCACGCCUCUCCAGCUCACACAGGAUGGCGCACCAGACUUGCAUCUCCUCACGCCGGAGGAAGCCAAGCUCUGUGAAGUGGUGCGGUUGCAGCCGAAGCCGUACCUGAUGAUCAAAGAACAGAUUCUCAAGGAGGCUCUCAAGACCAACGGCACCCUUAAGAAGAAGCAAGCUAAGGAAAUCUGCAGACUCGACUCACAGAAAGGCGGGCGCAUCUUUGACUUUUUCAUCAACGCCGGAUGGGUCGGCCGAGCUUAA